AUUGAAUAUAAAAAAUGACAACAUGUGUACUUGCGCUCUUGAGAUGCUCAAUUUGGAUUGGGCUGGCUUAGGCCCAACCUUCCUAAAUCCCAAAAAAUAAAACGUCACGCGGAACUUGUCUAAUCGGCCCACCCCAAACUCCAAACCCUAAUCCACUUCCGCCGUUCGAUUCGCCCUCAUCUCAUCACGCCCUUCUAUAUAAACCUUCCUCUCCGCUUACUUUCCUUCUGAAACUAGGGUUUCUGGUUCAAAUCGCAAGCUACACUCGAGAGUUCCCCUUGCAUCAUCUUCGUCCUUCGAAUCUGCAACCAUGGCGACCCAAAUGAGCAAAAAGCGAAAGUUCGUCGCUGAUGGAGUCUUCUUUGCGGAACUCAACGAGGUGCUGACCAGAGAACUGGCUGAGGAUGGCUACUCCGGCGUCGAGGUCAGGGUCACUCCGAUGCGCACAGAGAUCAUCAUCCGAGCCACCCGAACUCAAAACGUUCUCGGCGAGAAAGGAAGGAGGAUUAGGGAGCUGACAUCUGUGGUGCAGAAGCGAUUCAAGUUCCCUGAGAACAGUGUUGAGUUGUAUGCUGAGAAAGUUAACAACAGAGGGCUUUGUGCUAUUGCUCAGGCUGAAUCACUUCGGUACAAGCUCCUUGGAGGGCUUGCUGUCCGUAGGGCUUGCUAUGGUGUUUUGAGAUUUAUAAUGGAAAGCGGUGCAAAGGGGUGUGAGGUGAUUGUCAGCGGAAAGCUGAGGGCACAACGUGCAAAGUCGAUGAAAUUCAAGGAUGGGUAUAUGGUCUCUUCUGGUUACCCAGUUAAUGAAUAUAUCGACGCGGCUGUUAGACAUGUUCUUUUGAGACAGGGGGUUCUCGGAAUCAAAGUGAAGAUCAUGUUGGAUUGGGAUCCUAAAGGGAAGCAGGGUCCUGUGAACCCACUUCCAGAUUUGGUCACAAUCCACCCUCCAAAGGAGGAGGAGGAGUACGCCCGGCCGCCGGUUGUAGCUGCUGCACCUGAUAAUAUUGAUGUUGCCGUGCCUGUGGCAUAAAUCUGUCCCCAUUUCCUUCACUUUUCUCAAGUUAAAUGCCCAAUGGGAUUUGUCAUUUGGAUGUUUGAGCCUCCUUAUAUAAGUUUUGUGGUCCUUUUAACCUUUUAGUUGCCAAAUUAAACUUGUGCUGGUUGUUUUAUAUCACUUGUUUUUUAAGUUUUUAUUUCGAAUUUGUUGUUUCCAAGUUUUGGUUUCUAAAUUGGACCGCCAGUUUUGUUUU